AUGACUUUUAUUGGCACCCUGUGCGGAUGUUGUGGCAGCUCGCAGCCGUCGUACGUUUCUGUUAACGGCCACAGGUAUCAUAUCAAGAGGCUACUAGGAGAGGGAGGAUUCUCGUUUGUGUAUCUAGUGGAAUCAAGAGAGAACGGAUUGAUGGCUUUGAAAAAAAUCAGAUGUCCGUUUGGCAGCAUUGGUUCUAUUUCACCCGCGAUGAAAGAGGUUGACAACUAUCAAAAAUUCAAAAGCCCUUAUAUCGCCCAAAUCAUCGAUUCCCAGGUGGUGCAGGAGAGAGACGGGUCUAAAACAGUGUACAUUCUACUGCCUUAUUUCUCAAAAGGCUCACUCCAGGACGAAAUAAAUCGCCAUUUGCUGGACUGCACACAAGUUCCUGAGCUUGAAGUCGUGCGUUUGGCGCUGGGCGUCGCGCGUGGGUUGCUGUGCAUACAUGAUGCAGCUCCAGCAGACGAAAGUGAUGUUACCUAUAGCAUAGUGUCAGCACCUUACGCAGAAGAUUCGUCUCUUUUAAAUGACCUCGAGCUCGACACCUUCGGCGAGUCUCAUCAAGCAUACGCGCAUCAUGACAUCAAACCCUCUAAUAUCAUGAUAUCUUCUGAGGGGAUGCCAGUAAUCAGCGAUCUCGGGUCAUGUUCGCGAGCCUGCGUUGAAAUCAACUCGCGCCAGGCGCUAUUACAAUUCCAAGAGUGGCGCUCUGAGCACUGUACCCUGACAUUUAUGGCGCCUGAAAUUUUAGAUGUUAAGCUCAACUCAGUGAUAACUGAAAAGUGCGAUGUUUGGUCGUUUGGGUGUACCAUCUAUACAAUGUGUUUUGGAAUUUCGCCAUUCGAAAGAGAAGAGCAAAUCAGUGGUGCCUCAGUAACCUACUCGCUGACCACAGGAAAGUAUUCGAUACCAAGUGGAACAAACUACAGCUCCGGCUUAAUUGAUGUGGUCAAAAAAUGUUUGAAUGUCGACCCUGACGGUCGGCCUUCAGUCGACGAGCUAAUUAGUCUGCUAAUGGAUCUGCAGAGUCAGCUUGUAUCGUAA